UUUUUUUUUUUUUUUUUUUUUUUUUUUUUUAGUAUUUUAAAAAUUGUAAGUACAGCUUCUUCAUCUUUACUGUUUAUCUGUGAACAUAUCUGUCAGGAUGGGCUAUCUGACAGCUGCCCUGCUUUUUUGCUUACAUGGUUCCAUUUCCUGUGUUCAGUUUCUUGCACCUCUGAACAUGGGAGGAGUCCAAGGACAGGUGCAGUUUAACACCUCAUCCCGAACAGCCUUUGUCAAUGUGUCUGGUGCUGGAUCCUGUGGUUCCGUGAAUGUUUCCCUCAGCGAAUAUCCUGUCAUGUACGGUCACUUUGCUCAGCCCUGUUCUGAAGCAAACAUCGGCUCCAGUAUAUUCACUUUCAGAGCUGAUCUUGGGUCAAACUCUGUCGUCAAUGUUUCACAGCUGUUUGCGCUAAGAUCAAGCCUGGAUGACUUCUCAGUAACUUUGCAGACAUGUAACGGGACCAAAGUAUGCACAGUUGUAAGUCGAGGUGAAAAACAUUUGACACGUCAGGCUAGGUUCACCGGACCCAUUGCGGGUAAUGUUUACAUCCGCUUUAACGCAGAACUAUCCAACAAUCGGCUUCUUGCAGAUCUCGUUACAAUCGGUCAGGUCAAUGCUUCUCAAACCAAUAUCACCCUGUUUGGGUUGAUGAGCGCUGCUGCAAGCUGCAAUGCAGUGCUCAGCAAUUUAAAUUCCUCAGCUUUAAAAAAUCUUGGUGUUGUAAAAGUGGGAACCCCAUUGCAACUUGAGAAGUCCCGUCUGGACCUAAACAGCUUCAACCCCCGCUUUUCCUUUCUUCUCUUCAAAAUGGGAUCAAACUACACGUGUGCAAAGAUCUACGAUGUUCCAGAGAAACAAGUGAGCGCAGUGGUGAAUAUGAAAGGGAUCAAAGGGUAUUUCAGUUUCCGACAGGCUUCCCCGUUUGAUGUGACAGAGCUGAGGUUGAACCUGAGUAACUUGCGGGGGAAAGUCGGCCCUUACCAUGUCCACCUUUUUCCCGUCCCCUCAGUCAGAUCCCCUCUCUCAAACUUGUGCUCAAAUGAUAAUGUGGGUGGGCACUGGAAUCCAUUUGGAGUAGACGUAAAUGCACCAACAUACCCAAAUGGACCCGGGUCAACACAUGACCAAUAUGAAAUAGGUGAUCUCAGCAGGAAGCACAUGUCUCUUGCAGGUAAAAAUGAGUCUGACAUGGUGUUCACAGACUUCAACCUCCCUUUGUUUGGACGUAACAGUAUUGUAGGUCGGUCUGUUGUAAUUCAUCAGACAGAUGGGUCCAGGUAUGUUUGCGCCAGUAUCAGCUAUCCUGGUGAAGUGGUUGUAGGCAGAGCGAUAUUUCGGAGCCCUGUAGUCGGUGAGAUCUGGUUCACCCAACUGAGGAACAACCCCCUGUCUGAUGUCUCCAUCUUUAUGGAAUUGUCAUAUGGAAAUCCCAUGAUGACACCAACCAGAGACCACAAUUGGCAUGUUCACACCUACCCCAUCAGCUCUGAGAGGGAUGAUGAUGAAGGUCGCUGCAGUACAACAGGGGGUCACUGGAACCCCUUUAACAUCGACACAGGAGACAGAAGCUAUGCCCUCCACUGUGGCCCAUCCAGGCCCUUGUCCUGUGAGGUGGGAGACCUCUCCAACAAACACAGCACCAUCAACCUGGGCACCACACUGGGAAAAGUAGAGGCCAAAAACUUCUUCACUGAUGUCAGUUCCUGGCUGCCUGGGUCAGGCAUAAUCGGUCGCUCUAUUGUGAUUCAUGAAGAAAAUAGAGGUGGGCCAAGAAUUGCUUGUGCCAAUGUUACACUGGUGCGAAUGUCCAAAGGAAGGUUAGGUAGCUGGUUCGGACCAGGCAUGUCCAAUGGGGACAUACGGUUCACAGAGUCUAUUCCACAGGGCCCCACUACAAUAAACGUGUCCCUGACCGAACUGAAUGCGAUAGCUGGUGGUUAUCACGUCCACAUCCUGCCCAUUAUACCUGGUAGCACAAAUCCUUGCUCCAAUGCAAACAUUCUUGGACACUUUAACCCAUUUGCUUUUAACAUAACAAACUCCCCCGAACCUGGAUCAGGCACUGUGGACCAGUAUGAGGUUGGCGACAUCAGUGGAAAGUUUGGGAUGCUGACUGGCCUCAACCAGUUACAGGCUGUGUACAUGGACACCAACUUGCCGUUAAGGGGACCCCAUAGCAUAGUGGGGAGAUCACUGGUGGUUCAUCACAGCAACGGAUCAAGACUGCGGUGUGCAGACAUCUCAGCAGAGAGAGAUUCAGAUGGACAAUGGACAGUCGCCAAGGCUGUUUUUAAUGGUACAGUGUCGGGGACAGUCAGACUGCGCCAGCAAAUGUUCACUGAUGGGAGCAGCACAGAUACCACACUGGAAAUGAGACUUAAGUCUAUGACAAGACAGAGCAACAAUGUGUCCAUGUUCAUCACAAAUAACCGUGUGGAUGCAAACAAUAGCCAGUGUACUGAUAUGGGAGGAACAUACAAUCCCUUCAACAUGACAUCAAUGAGCUCCACCUGUUCAUUAGAUAACUCUCUGAGCUGUGUUGUUGGGGAGAUAUCCACAAGACAAGGCCCAGUCAGUUUUACAGAGGGACAGUUCUUCACCGACACAAUCACCCAGCUCAGCGGAGACUUCACAGUUGUCCACCGAUCCCUGGUUUUGAGGAACGGAGACAAUAUCAUUGCAUGUGCGGACAUCCUCCCAGAAUCCUCUUCAGCAGAUCAGACCUUUCCCAUGGUGACCAAUUUCAGCAGAUUUGAUUUCCGUAAGAGAGUCGCUGAUGUCCUGGAGAUGAGCAUGUCGAGAAUCACCAUCCUGCCUGGCUCUCCAAGGUCUGCACCUACUAACGCAAAUUGCCAGCAAGUCAGCUUCAUGGUAUCAGGGAACGUCAGCGAACAGAUUCUGGAGUCUGUCAAAACCAGCGAGAAGAUGGGUGUGUUUAGAGAGUCGCCUUCAUGUACGAGAUCUGCGGGUGUGCUGCUGAUGCCUGGCCAUUUUCUUCUCGGCUCUGUGCUUGCUGCUGCCCGUUUGCUGCUGUAAACAACACUUGGAAAGCUCAGAGAUUCAGCCAUGCAUCAUCAGUGAGGAGACACAGAUCCUCAUGUUGGAAAACUGCAAAUAUGUUCAUGAAGUAUAACCUACAAAGGGAAUCAUGGCAUUUUGAUGAAUUAUCAAGCAAACAAUAACUGUGUCUCUUUGUACACAUACUUGCCUGUUUACAUUUUUUUUGUAAUUACCUUUAAGCACCAAACUGUUUCACGUAGCCUUUAUGGAAACAGGUAUGUUACUUACAUGUUAUAUUUAUGUGGACUUUUCAAUGGGUGAGGGGGACUCUCACUAUCUGAUACCAAGACUUUUCUUAUUGUGUAUGCACUGCCCAUGAUUUCAUUGCCUAAUUUUGAGUAAAUAUCAAGAAAAUUGUGAAUAAAAUAUAAUAUUGUUUGUA